AUGCAAGACCAGGGCUGGCCGAUAACACACCUGGUGGAGCAACCGAAGCCCACUGACAACGAGAGUGAAUUCCUUGAGUAUGUGAAGCAGCACACCAGCAUCUUUCCCAAUGGAAUGCUCGAGCGUCGCCAAUGCGGCGAAGUGUCAAAUUUGCCGUCGAAGCAUCAGCGUCACAUGAGAGUCCAUUAUGGACCGCCUGCGCUAUGCUUUCAUUACGGCAAAUUAGUCUCGCAUCAGCACUUCCUUGCGCAGCACAGCUACAGUUGCCGGGAACUGCAUCCACGCAGUUUCUGGCUCGCCGCAUGCUGGAAUUAGACUGCAGCAAGGCCAAAUAUAUUUACCUAGCGAGCAGCACAAACCAAUCUCCUCGUGGAAAAUCCCAAUUGCAAACUUCGCUUCAGCAAUCCGCUGCGUUGUGCCAGGCACACCAAGGAGGGCGUUAAUAAGAGUUACUACUCAAAGAUAAAAAGAGUUAACCUGGCUAAUUCCCAGAAAUGUUGAUCUUAUUUUUAAUCAAUAAACAAUUAUAAU